AUGUGCUCAAUUGAUGAAAACAAGGAGCAAGUAGGCUGGCAGGUGAGUGUUGAGUCGGCAUGGCAACAUCGCCGAGAAACUAUUCCCAGAGAAUGGCAGCUGCCCACUUCUAUAAUGCAGACUCUCGCUUUUCCACUUGACAAAUGUGGUAACAACUUAUCGGCUAUGAGCAUUCCUCAAAACUCUGGGAUUCUUUCUAUUCGUGAACUUAUGAUUACGGAAGAACUCACCGUGAAGGAAUUACUCGCACAGCUUUCAUCGGGUGAAAUUUCCUCUUUGGAAGUGACUCUCGCUUUUUCGAAGAGAGCUGCACUUGCUCAGCAAUUGACUUCCUGCCUUACUGAGACUCUUUUUGAUGAAGCAUUGGCUCGUGCAAAAUAUCUUGAUCAGUGGAGGAGCGAUGGCAACCCACUCGCACCUUUGCACGGUCUCCCUGUCAGUCUCAAAGAUGGGUUUCAAAUAAUUGGAACUGAGGCUAGCAUUGGAUUUGUCUCCUUCCUGGGGAAGAAAUCGGUAUCAAACUCCCCAUUGACCGAGAUCCUGCUUGAACUCGGAGCCGUGCUAUACGUGAAAACAAACAUCCCUCAGACCUUGAUGACUGCCGAUACCGACAACAAUAUCUUCGGAAGGACAUUGAAUCCUCGCAAUACAUUACUUACUGCAGGUGGCUCUAGUGGAGGGGAAGGAGCGCUAAUAGCUUUCAGAGGCUCACCUCUGGGUAUCGGGACCGAUAUUGCGGGUUCGGUCCGCAUCCCGGCGUCGUGCUGUGGAUUAUACGGCUUCAAGCCCACCUCUUGCCGAAUACCCUAUGGAGGACAGGUAGCUCCCUCGCUGCCCGGGUGCAAACCAGUCACAGCCUCGGCAGGGCCAUUGGCGCAUGAUCUAGAGUCGCUCAGCAUUCUAAUGAGCGCAGUAAUAGGUGCGAAACCUGCAGCAUUUGACUCGACGGCCAUUGACACCCCCUGGCGCCAUGUCGAACGUGACAUCAGAUCUGUUCUUAGGAUUGGAUUACUCGAAGAGGAUCAUCUAUAUCCCUUUCAUCCUCCUAUGAUUAGAGCACUAAAGGAAGCCGCCCAAAGGCUACAAGCAGAAGGGCAUGAAGUCAUCCGCCUGAGCUCUGAUGAGGGUGGCGUAUCUGAUGCGAGUCAAAUUAUCGGAGGUCUCUUCAACCUUCAUUCUGAAACAUCUAUGGAAUAUAUCAGAUCCAGCGGAGAACCUCUGGUGCCGUGUGUGGCGAAGGCGUUGCAGAAGACAAACUCUUCUAGCAAUAAAUUCACCUCAGAUCUGGACGGGCUCGACUUAACUCGCAAGUACGCCGCUUUAACCGUGAGACGGCAUGAAUUUGCAGAGAAAUGGAGAAAAUUGUGGCUGGAAAAAGGAAUUGACGCCGUCCUGGGGCCCUCAGCACAGACCACGGCGAUACCACAUGACUCCUGGAUAUGGUCGCCCUAUACAUCAAUCCUCAACCUCCUUGAUUACUCAUUGAAGCAGUAUCCCGCUUGUGUAAUGCCAUUUGGUCAAGUUUCGAAGUGCGACUUUGAAACCAUGGAAAUUGCGGAGGAGCAAACUUGUCUAAAUUAUAAUCCGGAUAAUUUAGAAGGAAUGCCUUGUUCAAUUCAGGUCUUCACGAACCGCAUGAGAGAUGAAGAAUGUCUCAAGAUAGCAGGAGUAAUUGACGAUUGCCUCAAAAGGCGUUCUGGAUACGAAUCUACUUGA